AGAGUGUUUUGCAACUGUUGUGCAAGUGAAUUGGGCGUUUUAGGAGAAUUUCAGGAGUCCCGCUAGUUUGUUUCUGAAGCCGGCUUUAUUUUAAAGUCUUUAUACUGUAGAAAAAUGGCUAAAGUCAAUCUGGAUAAAGUUGGACAAAAUCUUAUCAAGGAUCCGGAGACCAACUCUAAAAUCGAGUUUCGGACUCUUUGGCAAGAUCAGGCUGUGGUGGUCUUCUUCCUGCGGAGGUUCGGGUGCCAGGUGUGCCGAUGGAUGGCGUCAGAGAUCAGCAAGCUGGAGGCUGACCUCAGGGCCAACGGGGUCUCCUUGGUGGGAAUCGGACCAGAGAUGUUCGGCCUCAAAGAGUUUAAGGAAGGAGGCUUUUUUAAAGGCUCCAUUUAUGUGGAUGAAGAUAAGUCGUGUUACAAGGAUUUGGGAUUUAAAAGGUACAAUGCUGUCAGCGUGCUUCCUGCUGCUCUAGGGAAGAAAGUGAGAGAUAUAGCCUCAAAGGCUAGUGCUGCAGGAAUCGAGGGAAACCUUUCAGGAGAUCUGUUGCAGAGUGGUGGCAUGAUCAUUGUUUCAAAAGGUGGAGAAAAGGUGUUACUCCACUUCAUCCAGGAUUCACCAGGAGACUUUGUACCUUUGGAGGACAUCACCAAGGCUCUCGGUAUCUCCGCCACAGUGGAAGCUGGGCAGAAACCUGUGUGCAACGAUGAUGUCUGCACACGAUGAAGCAGAAGCUCCCAGUUUCACCUGAAGUGCUCAAAUUGGAAGUUUUUUUUUGAUUUGAUUUUUUGGAAACCAAGCCAAUUGCUGGGAACCAAUGACUGUCAACUCACCUAUUUUGUUCAACUUGUAUACCAAGAACUGCAGGUUGAACUCACAAAACUAUGUUAUUAUUUUCUGAUGAUGCAGCUAUUCUCUGCCUAAUUUCAGACACAUUGCCCUUAACUAGCUAUAGACAGCAGAUUCAAUCCUUUGGUCAGAUGUGUGAGGAACACUUUCUGUUGUCUAAAAAACACAGGAACUGAUCUUUGAACUGAAGGCAGUUUAUCCACAAUCAAAUGAUCGCCCACAAAUGUCUUGGAAUGAAUAUGAAUGGACUAUCAUGCACAGUCAGGUUGACUAUGUCUGUGACAGGUACCAGCAGCGGCUAGACUUCCUGUGCAGGUUUUGGGCGUUUGAUGUUUGUCAGAAAGGCAUGCUGCUUUUUACUAUGUUGUAACAGAGAGAACCAUUAGGUAUGGCAUUUUUUCCGGGUUUAGUCACCUAAGGGCCAAACUCACUGGUCUCAUACAAACAGCUAAGAUGUUGUUAGGAGUUAAACCGCAUCCCUAACUUAAGACCAUUAUCAGUGAAACGAUAGGUCCAGGUCCAGACAGUUUUCUCGGACCCCACUCAUAAUCUCUAUCAGUAUCUUCCCUCAGGUCGCUAUCUCAGAGUUACUGCAUGUAGACCCCGUUGGUACAACAAAUCAUUUGAUCCAUUUCUAUUAAAUCCAUAAACAGUAAAUUGUGACAGCAGGCAAUAAAUUUUGGAUUGGAAACGGCACUAACUGUUUUAUGCAUUCAUUUUUUCUAAUUGAUUUAUUAUAAAAGUGGUUUUAUAUGUGAAUUUAAUGUGACACUUAUGGCUGUCGAUUUUGCAGCAGCCAGAGUUUGUACACAAGACAAUUUUCCAUUGAGACAAUAAGAUUUUUACCUUAAAAUCAUAAAAUCGGUCAGAAAAACAAAACAAAGAAACUGACUGCAUAACUGUGCAAAGGCCUUUGAUAUGAGCUCUUUGGCUAGCUAAGACUUCUCUUGUUUACCUCAUUGUCCAUUCUCUUAGAACAAGAUCUCUCUCUACAUAUACUUGUGUUUGUAUUAUUUGUCAAUUUGUGUCAGAUUCCUACUGGGCUUACCCCUCUCCAAAAUGUUAAUUCCUUUGUUGUUUAGGAUUCAUCUUACCAUUAAUACUGGUGCUGAAGCUAUAAUCCUUAUUGAGCUGAAGGUUAUCUAGUAAUUUGGAACCAUGAUAAUAACCUAAUUUCUUUCUGGAGUAAUGUAAUGCCGAAGCAUGACUAUGCCACUGAAUUUAUCUGUCUUAAGUUUAUACAUUCUCUUAGGUUAUACAGAUAUUUUUGCUGUUUAUACCUUUCUAUUUUCUGGGUAAUUAUAGGCAAGCCAUGUUUUCUUUUCAACGGGAUGCCUCUUUCUCGCAGACCGAUUCCUUAGUCCAGAAUAAAAAGAUAUUGAUGCAUAUAGGGCUGCAACUAACAAUUAUUUUGCAAAUCAGUUAAUCAGUGGAUUAUUUCUUUCAAUUAAUCCAUUAAUAAUCCCAUAGCCAAAGAUUCCUUAA